AUAUUUUUUAUUCAAGCCUAAAGAAAAUAUUUUUAAACGUUAUUCCACGCCAUGCCGCAUGAGACUGACGUAAACGGAAGUACGGGGGCGUGUCUAAGGUUGAGCACAUUGUUCAACUGCGUUUCUUCACGAUGUUAUGAAUGAAUGAAGAUUUAAGGAGGUUUUAAAGAGUAUCUUACAGUCGCACAUGUUGUCACAUAACUGAGGCAAGUGCUAGAAAAUCUUGGGUGCACAAUACGGAAUAACGUAGCUCACCAGCUCCAACAAACUUAAGGAAAAAAUGGCUGGAAUUCUUUUUGAGGAUAUCUUUGAUGUGAAAGACAUCGAUCCAGAUGGCAAGAAGUUCGACAGAGUGUCUCGCCUACAUUGUGAAAGUGAAUCCUUUAAGAUGGACCUCAUUUUAGACGUAAACAUUCAAAUCUACCCUGUGGAUCUCGGUGACAAGUUCAGAUUGGUCAUUGCCAGCACUUUAUACGAAGAUGGAACACCGGAUGACGGGGAGUACAAUCCUCAGGAUGACAGACCGUCCAGGGCAGACCAGUUUGACUACGUGAUGUACGGGAAAGUUUAUAAGAUUGAGGGCGAUGAGACAUCGACAGAAGCAGCCACACGCCUCUCUGCCUACGUCUCGUACGGCGGUCUCCUCAUGAGACUGCAGGGAGACGCCAACAACCUCCACGGUUUCGAGGUGGACUCCCGGGUGUAUCUCCUCAUGAAGAAACUGGCCUUCUAAAUCCCAUUCUUCCCCCGUUACAGUCAACAUUGGUACAAUUACGCAUUUCGAAAGGGCUUACAAGAAUCAUGUAACAUGGACUAUUUUUAUAAUUUGAAAAGAAAAAAAAGAGCUGUACUAAUUUUACUGUGACACUUAGAAACUUCAGAAAGUCUGCUGAUAAUCUGUAAAUAUACUUUUUUUUU